GCGCCGCCAUGAGCUGCCUGCGGGAGGAGGACGACCCGUACGUGGUGGAGGAGCCCAGCGACGAGGAGCGAGCGCUCAGCAGCUCAGAAGAUGAGGUGGAUGUGCUCUUACAUGGCACUCCUGACCAGAAGCGGAAGCUGAUACGGGAGUGCCUGACUGGGGAGAGCGAGUCUUCCAGUGACGAUGAGUUCCAAAAGGAGAUGGAAGCGGAGCUGAACACCACCAUGAGGACUAUGGAAGGCAAAUGGAAAUCACCAGAAACAGGUACUUCCUCAAGUACUGGGCAGACGGGACCUGCCACCACUUCAAAAUACUAUGAUGACAUUUACUUUGAUUCUGAUUCAGAGGAUGAAGAUAAAAUAGUUACACAGGAUGUCCGGAAAAAUAGAAAACAUCAACAACGUCGGAUUCUUUCCAAUGAUGAACUGUUAUAUGACCCAGAAGAAGACAGUAGAGACCAAGCGUGGGUAGACUCACAGAGGAGGGGGUACCGUAAUCAAAGAAGAGUGCUGCAGCAGCAGCAGCAGACAAAACCUUCAGCUGUUCCAAACAGUGAUGCUGUUUUGAAUUGCCCUGCUUGCAUGACAACGUUAUGCCUGGACUGCCAGAGACAUGAAUCUUACAAAACACAAUAUAGAGCAAUGUUUGUGAUGAACUGCAUUGUUAACAAAGAGGAAAUUCUGAAAUACAGAAAGAAGCUAAAGAAAAGAAGUAAGAAAAUGAAGCACAGCAAAGAAACUACCUGUGUACAAUCAAAUCAAGAAGAGGAGGAAGUGUAUCAUCCAGUAUUAUGUACUGAAUGCUCAACUGAAGUGGCAGUAAUGGAUAAAGAUGAAGUUUUCCACUUCUUCAAUGUUCUAGCCAGCCACUGCUAAUGUGCAAAAGCAGGGGAAAAAAAUCCUGCGCUGUUUUAGGACUGUGUGAAGUAUCAGAAAUGCAGGCAUGUUAGCCUUCUUUAAAUAUAGUCUUGAAAUGUACAUUUUCAUCAGAGAACUUUAUAAUGGUUGGAUUUUUGCAAAGCUUACGAAAGGAAUACAGUUAACUGCAUGCAUUUGAGAGCAAUAUUCUUUCACACUGUCAGGUGGUUGCGUCAUUGAGGAUUUAAAAUUUUGUAAAUAUGAUGUAAGAUCUGUGUAUUAUGAUCGUUCCCUGUAUAUAUACUAUCCAUUAUCUCACCAUGUAUUAGAACUGCUGCUUAGAAUAAAUACUAUAUAGUAACUGGUUCUCCAUAGCUGCAUUGGUCAUUUCUAUGGCACGUGGUAAACAACUCUCAGUCAGGAUGCUGGGCUGCUUUAGGCUGGUAUUGGUAGAUUUGCACACAGGUAGGUUUGAUAAACCAAAUUUUCAUUAUAUUUGGGGGUUUGGCCCAUUAAGAUCUCAAAAAUGGAAACUUUUAUUUAUACAGAGUGGAAGAUUAGCUUCUAUCAAGUUUGCUGGCAUGAAUCAUUCUGGCAUGGAUCAUUUAAAUCAACAUAUUAAUGCUUAGAAAUACAGUUAAGAGUUUUUAAUGUAAAUAUGUGUAUGAAGAAAAUACUGGAGUGUUUUUUCUGUUGUCCUUUUUCCUUACAAUGACACAUUUUAAGAAGAAAUUUAUGGUCAGAUCUAUGACCAUAGAGCUAAUUUGUAUGCUUUUUCUGUUUCUUUAGUACGUUUACAACUUCUUUAUGGAAGCAUAAAGAGCUUCUGCUACUUGAUAUUUAGACUUCUUGCUUAGUCUAUGAAGCUGCUGCAAUGUUAACAAUGGAUCCUUCCCUCUCUUCCUCCAGGCGUGCUCCCAAGAAGUGAACUCUUGGUUUUUAUUAGUAAGUAACGUCUCCUCUUUAUAGCCUGAUAUUUAACAUUUCACUUUGAAGAAGGGUCUGUCUGAAAAAAAUCUCAUCUUUAUGCUUUUGCUUUUAAUAGUACUAGGAAUAAUUUGUUAUAUGUGCUUUGAGGAAUUGUCAGAAAUAUUUAAACUUAGGAGGUAGGAACCUGAAGAACAUACUUCUUUUGUGCCUCAGAUUAUAAUAAAAUCUUGUGACUCUUUGGUUA